GUUGAAUUUAUAUACAGCCAAGCCAUUCAUCCCAUCACUUUGACAUAGACCAAAUGAGGCUCUUGCUUGCUGCUGCUCACUCGAGGCUGCUAUCUUCCCAACUCUCUGCUGCAUCCGCUUCUGUCCUGCUUAGGACUUUAAGCAUCGGCUUUACUCCAUCUUCUACUCGCUAUGCAACUGCGCAGGCUGAACGUAUCAGGACAUUGCAUCAGUCCUCAUCUCAAAAGGCUCAGAUUGAAGUGUUUAUUGAUGGUCGCUCUACUAUGAUUGAGCAGGGAUCUGCUGUUAUUCAAGCUUGCGAAGCUGCUGGUGUUGAGAUUCCCAGAUUUUGCUAUCAUGAGCGUCUUGCUGUUGCUGGAAACUGUCGAAUGUGUCUUGUUGAGCUCGAGAAAUCUCCAAAGCCCAUUGCUUCAUGUGCCAUGCCUGUGAUGCCUGGUAUGAAGAUUAAGACUAAUACUCCCUUGGUCAAAAAGGCACGGGAGGGUGUAAUGGAGUUUCUUCUUGCAAACCAUCCUCUUGAUUGCCCCAUUUGCGAUCAAGGUGGAGAAUGUGAUCUACAGGAUCAAAGUGUUCGCUAUGGUUCUGACCGAAGUCGUUUCAACGAAGUGGUGGGUAAACGUGCUGUUGAAAAUAAAAACCUCGGCCCCCUUGUCAAAACUAUCAUGACUCGUUGCAUUCACUGCACUCGUUGUGUCCGAUUUGCCAACGAGGUUGCUGGUGCCGCUGAGCUAGGAACCUCUGGUCGUGGAAAUGACAUGCAGAUUGGAACAUAUAUUGAAAAAGUACUGGCCACUGAGAUGUCUGGAAAUAUUAUUGAUCUGUGUCCCGUCGGCGCGCUUACCUCCAAGCCAUAUGGAUUUACUGCUCGUCCCUGGGAACUCAAGAAAACUGAAUCCAUUGAUGUCUUGGAUGCUGUUGGAAGCAAUAUUCGCAUUGACUCUCGUGGUGUCGAAGUGAUGCGUGUCCUCCCUCGCCUCAAUGACGAUAUUAAUGAGGAAUGGCUUGCAGACAAAAGCCGUUUUGCGUAUGAUGGUCUUAAGCGUCAGCGUCUUACUACCCCUCUAAUCCGUAAGGGCGAUAAGUUUGUGUCUGCUACUUGGCCAGAGGCUCUUGAGCGUAUUGCUGCUGCCGUUGAUGGACUAUCUGGCGAUCAGAUUACUGCCAUUGCUGGUCAAUUUUCCGAUGCCGAGAGUUUGGUUGCUCUUAAAGAUUUCUUCAACCAACGCAACUCUGAGAAUCUACAGCUUGAGGGUCCUUUGGCUGAUUUUUCUGGCAUCACAGAUAUUCGCUCCAACUAUGUUUUCAACAGUUCCAUCAAUGGCAUUGAAUCGGCCGAUGUUUUGCUACUUGUUGGAACCAACCCUCGCCACGAAGCCCCUAUUCUCAACACUCGCAUCCGCAAGGCAUACCUGCACAAUUCUCUUGAAAUCGGUCUGAUUGGUCCUGAACCUCAACUCAACUAUGAUUUUGAUUAUGUCGGUGCAUCGGUUUCACAACUGGACGAGCUUUUAUCCAAAAACAGCAGCUUUUCACAGAAGCUCAAGGCUGCAAAACGCCCAAUGAUUGUUGUUGGAUCUGGCAUUCUGGAUCCCACUGCUGAUCCUGGCUGGAAGGUUUUCAAUGUUCUUCAUCGUGCUGCGGGUAACGUUGCUGCACUCGACAUUGGCUACGAAUCUGCUCCUCGCUCAAAGGAGGCUGCUAAAUUUGUGUACCUUCUUGGUGCAGAUGAUGUUUCUAAGGAUCGCAUACCCAGUGAUGCCUUUGUUGUUUACCAUGGCCAUCACGGCGAUACUGGCGCUUACCUCGCGGAUGUCAUUUUGCCUGGUGCAGCGUAUACUGAGAAAUCUGCCACCUAUGUUAAUACUGAGGGUCGAACCCAGAUUACCCGUGCAGCUGUUCCUGCUCCCUCUGGUGCUCGUGAAGACUGGACCAUUAUCCGUGCUCUUUCGGAAGUUGCGGGUAAACCAUUGGCAUACGAUGAUAUUUACGAGCUACGCAACAGAAUGUCUAUUUUGGCACCCAGUCUAGUAAAUUAUGAUGUUGUCACCGAAACAUCGGAUGGCAUCUCAAAGCUUGGUCUCGAGACUUUAAAGCAAUCUAAGGCACCUCUUUCCAAGGAUCCAAUUGAGCUUCCUAUUCAGGACUACUAUAUGACUGACUCGAUUUCUCGAUCUUCCGCUACGAUGGCCAAGUGCUCUCAAGCCUUUACACACGGUCUGGUCUCUGAAGAAUCUGCCUCACAGGCAUCUGCGUAAUUCCACAUUUCUCGAUUCGUUUACCCCUACAGUUUUGAUUUAACCAGCACUAAGAGUCGGUCCGACUUGGCCACCAUAUAUUACUUUUUACAACUUUUAUCAUCACUUGUUUAAUAUAUGGUUGUUGAUGGGUGUGU